UAAUUGCUCCUAGGAAUCGUUAAUGAGCUAAAAAAUCACCUUUGGGCCAGCCCCAACCCCCUGGUCUGGGGGAUCUCUGAUCCUGGGGGACCUGGGGCUGCUUUUGGGGUGCAACCCCUGAUUUUGGGGUGCAGCCCCUGAUUUUGGGGGUUCCAGGCCGAGGCCGUGCCAGCAGGAGCCUGAUCCCUGAUUCUGUGGAUUAUUUUUGAGGUUAAAUCCCCUGUUUUGUGGGUUCCAGCCUGAGGCCGUGCUGUGUGUCAUGGCAGGAGCUAAUCCCUGAUUCUGUGGUGAAACGUGGAUUAUUUUUGAGGUCAAAUCCAUUGUUUUGGGGUUAAAUCUCUGUUUUUGGGGGUUCCAGGCCGAGGCCAUGCUGUGCACGGCGCUGGUCAUGGCAGGAGCUAAUCCCUGAUUCUGUGGUGAAACGUGGAUUAUUUUUGAGGUUAAAUCCAUUGUUUUGGGGUUAAAUCUCUGGUUUUUGGGGUUCCAGGCCGAGGCCAUGCUGUGCACGGCGCUGGUCAUGGCCGGCAGCCUGGCGCUCACCACGGCCGUGGUGGCCCACGCCUACUACCUGAAGCACCAGUUCUACCCCACCGUGGUUUACCUGACCAAGUCCAGCCCCAGCAUGGCCGUGUUGUACAUCCAGGCCUUCGUGCUGGUGUUCCUGCUGGGCAAGUUCAUGGGCAAGGUGUUCUUCGGGCAGCUGCGCGCGGCCGAGAUGGAGCACCUCCUGGAGCGCUCGUGGUACGCGGUGACCGAGACCUGCCUGGCCUUCACCGUCUUCAGGGACGACUUCAGCCCGCGCUUCGUCGCCCUCUUCACCCUCCUCCUCUUCCUCAAGUGCUUCCACUGGCUGGCCGAGGACCGUGUGGAUUUUAUGGAGAGGAGCCCCAACAUCUCGUGGCUCUUCCACUUCCGCAUCGUCUCCCUGAUGUUCCUGCUGGGAAUCCUGGACUUCCUCUUCGUCAGCCACGCCUACCACAGCAUCCUGACCCGUGGCGCCUCCGUCCAGCUGGUCUUCGGCUUCGAGUACGCCAUCCUGAUGACCAUGGUGCUGACCAUCUUCAUCAAGUACGUGCUGCACUCCAUCGACCUGCAGAACGAGAACCCCUGGGACAACAAGGCCGUGUUCAUGCUCUACACCGAGCUCUUCACCGGUACCGGGGCUGGGGGCUCGGGGAGCUCAAUCAGGCCUCCGUUAACGAGGGGGCUGAUCAAGGUGCUGCUCUACAUGGCCUUCAUGACCAUCAUGAUCAAGGUGCACACCUUCCCGCUCUUCGCCAUCCGCCCCAUGUACCUGGCCAUGAGGCAGUUCAAGAAGGCCGUCACCGACGCCAUCAUGUCCCGCCGGGCCAUCCGCAACAUGAACACGCUGUAUCCCGACGCCACGGCCGAGGAGCUGCAGGCCAUGGACAACGUGUGCAUCAUCUGCCGUGAGGAGAUGGUGACGGGCGCCAAGCGCCUGCCCUGCAACCACAUCUUCCACACCAGCUGCCUGCGCUCGUGGUUCCAGCGGCAGCAGACGUGCCCCACGUGCCGCAUGGACGUGCUGCGCGCCUCGCUGCCCCCGCAGCCGCCCCCGGAGCCCCCGGCCCCGGCCCCGGCAGCGCCCGCGCAGCCCCCCAACUUUGCCCAGGGGCUGCUCCCUCCCUUCCCGCCGGGGAUGUUCCCGUUCUGGCCGCCCGUGGGGCCCUUCCCGCCCGGCCCCGCUGCCGCCCAGGCCCCGCCCGGCACUGACGGCGCGGCCGCGGCUGCUGGAGCCGCUCCCGGUGCCCGUCCCGGUCCCGGUCCCGGUCCUGGUGCCGGUCCCGGUGCCGGUGCUGGUCCCGGUGCCGGUGCCGGUGCCGGUGCUGCGGGGCCGGAGCCGGGCGGGGCCGGGGCGGUGCCGGGGCUGCCGCUGCCGCCGCCCUGGGUGGGGAUGCCGUGGCCUCCGCUCUUCGGGGUGCCGCCCAUGCCGGUGCCCCCCGCCGGCUUCGCGGGGCUGACGGAGGAGGAGCUGCGGGCCAUGGAGGGCCACGAGCGGCAGCACCUGGAGGCGCGGCUGCAGUGCCUGCACAACAUCCACACCCUGCUGGACGCUGCCAUGCUGCAGAUCAACCAGUACCUGGGCGUGCUGGCCCAGAUCGGGACCCCCCGAGCCGCCCCCCGGCCGCCCCCUGCCUGUGAGACCCCCCCGGAGGAGCAGCCGGGACCCUCGGGAGCCAGCGGAGCCAGCGAUCCGGCCCCGGCUGAGGAUGAGGAGGACGCCGAAGGCGCCGAGCCCCGCGAGGGCCCCGACACGGCCGAGCUGCGGCGGCGGCGCCUGCAGAGGCUGGGGACCCCCCCCCACUGACCGGGACCCCCCAAAACCCCCCCAGACUGACCAGAACUCCCCCAGGACCCCUCCCACUGACCAACACCCCCACCAGGACCCCCCAAAACUG